CCAUCACUUCCAGGAAGCACUUCUCCUCCGACUCUCUCCUCUUACCACCAGUCACACGACACAAACCUCCUGCCCUUCUCCAUCCAACCAUGGCUGCCACCAUGGCUCUUUCCUCCCCCUCACUCGCCGGCAAGGCUGUGAAACUCGCCCCCUCAGCCUCCGACAUCAUAGGCGAGGGCAGGAUCACCAUGCGCAAGAGCGUCGGCAGGUCCAGGCCCGUCGUCUCUGACAGCCCCUGGUAUGGCCCCGACCGUGUCAAGUACUUGGGCCCCUUCUCCGGUGAGCCUCCCUCCUACCUCACUGGCGAAUUCCCCGGCGACUACGGGUGGGACACUGCCGGCCUCUCGGCCGACCCCGAAACCUUCGCCAAGAACCGUGAGCUCGAGGUCAUCCACUGCCGUUGGGCCAUGCUCGGCGCUCUUGGCUGCGUCUUCCCGGAGCUUCUCGCACGCAACGGCGUCAAGUUCGGCGAGGCCGUCUGGUUCAAGGCUGGUGCCCAGAUCUUUAGUGAGGGUGGUCUGGACUACUUGGGCAACCCCAGCCUGAUCCACGCUCAGAGCAUUCUGGCCAUCUGGGCCUGCCAAGUUAUCCUGAUGGGCGCCGUGGAGGGUUACCGGGUUGCUGGAGGGCCGCUCGGCGAGGUGACCGACCCUCUGUACCCCGGCGGUAGCUUCGACCCUCUCGGCCUGGCCGACGACCCCGAGGCCUUUGCGGAGCUGAAGGUGAAGGAGAUCAAGAACGGCAGGCUGGCCAUGUUCUCGAUGUUCGGGUUCUUCGUGCAGGCCAUCGUCACCGGCAAGGGCCCGUUGGAGAACUUGGCCGACCACUUGGCCGAUCCCGUCAACAACAACGCUUGGGCCUACGCUACCAACUUCGUCCCUGGCAAGUGAGCGAGAUAGUGUGUGCUGCUCAGUUGUUGGAGUUUCUGCUGUCGUACGAUUUGGACUUUGAGUUUGUUGGUGAUGUACAUUAAUCUUUGCAAUGGCGACUUGUACUUUUGAUUGCUAAUGUUUCAUCCUGAUCCCUUAAAAAUUUAGAAUGGUUCAACUUGUCCUA